AUGGAAAUCGGGGGUGCAGCGAUGCAGAGGAUGGCCGCUGCCGGAGGGCCCGGGCCCCUCAGCCUUCAGGGCCCUCCAAGGUCAGUGAAAAUCUCACCCGUUAACAUACAGGACGAACCCGGUGACCUCACUUCCCAAAAGAGUACAAGCUCACACUGUGUGGGAUGCGGUGGACGGAUACAUGACCAGUGGAUUUUACGGGUUGCACCGAAUCUGGAAUGGCAUGCAGCUUGUUUGAAGUGCGCGGAGUGCCAACAAUUUUUGGACGAGCACUGCACCUGUUUCGUUCGGGAUGGGAAAACCUACUGCAAACGAGACUAUGUUAGGCUGUUCGGAACGAAGUGCGACAAGUGCAGCGAAUGUUUCAGCAAGGACGAUUACGUGAUGCGAGCGAAAAGCAAGAUUUAUCAUAUAAAGUGCUUCCGAUGUUCGGCAUGCAUGAGACAACUAGUACCUGGCGAUGAAUUUGCCUUGAGACAAGACGGUCUUUUCUGCAGACACGACCACGAUGUCCUCGAGGGUGGGAAGCUUUGCUCAGGACCCGGCGGUGUACCUGGAAGCGAGAAUAACAACAACGCAUCCCUUAUGAAUAAUAAUCAUCAUCUGCACCCGAAUGACGGCUCGAUAUCCGAUUCCGGCUCCGAAAGUGGAUCGCACAAAGCGGGCGUGGGUGGCACCCGAGGAUCGGGCGGCCAUAAAAGCGGCGGUGGUUCAGAUGGAAAACCGACUAGAGUUCGUACUGUUCUGAACGAGAAACAACUUCACACUUUGAGAACUUGUUACGCCGCAAAUCCACGGCCGGACGCGUUGAUGAAGGAGCAAUUGGUCGAAAUGACGGGCCUAAGCCCGCGCGUCAUCAGGGUAUGGUUCCAAAAUAAACGGUGCAAGGAUAAGAAGAAGACAAUCGCCAUGAAACAGCAGAUGCAAGAAAAGGAUGGCCGUAAAUUAGGCUUCGGUGGAAUGCACGGAAUUCCUAUGGUAGCCAGUAGUCCCGUGCGACACGAGAGCUCCAUAGGAAUGACGCCACUCGAAGUGCAAGCUUAUCAACCACCAUGGAAAGCCCUGUCUGACUUUGCCCUUCACACUGAUCUGGACAGGUUAGAUCCCAACACGCCCUCUUUCCAUCAUUUAGUAUCACAGAUGCAUGGUUACGACCUUCAUAGCGGGCCACCACAAUUACCACCGCCAGGGAUGCUCGGUGGACCGAUGAAUGACGGUGGAGGUGGCGGGGGUGGUGGUCCAUUGCCACCCCCUGGUCCACAUCAUCCUAGCAGUGGUGGUCCAGAUAUGGGCCAACAUCCGGACAGCACCGAUAGCUAUGUAACUUACCUUGAAAGUGACAGUGAUUCCCUUCAUCACGAUACAGGAAGUCCAUAGUGCUGUGCGGUGUGGCCAGAACGAAAGUGUCCGCUUUCUUCGUGGUCUUCUUUCAACAAGUGCUUGAAAAGAAUAGUAAUUUGAGAGAACAACUAGGGGUGAAAAAUGAACAGUUUGUAAACUUACUGGAAUUUUUCGUGAAAUAACUUGACCUUCUUUGCACCUGAUGAAUCGACUGUCCUUUUUUAAUGAAGAUAAGGUUUGUUUCUUAGGGAUUGAACCAUGAUGAUAAUGAAUUUUUUGUGCCAUAAAAUUGAUUAAUAAUUUUCAUUCAAUUUUAAAGCAUCUCUAGCAGAAGGAUUCUGAUACAUGAUUGUAUCACAGAGAGGAGUGAAAUCAUUAAUUACCUGAAGAUUCGUGUUGGAAUAAAUUUUUAUGCUCAGAAUCCGUAAUUUUUGUUCAUAAUAGGAAAACUAACAUAUCAUCAAAUAAAUUCUGUUAAAGAAUGAACAUUAACUUUUUUCAGUUUUUUAUAGAUUACAAAAUUGCUGCGUGAAAGGGUUAAGGACACGUCUAGUUCUCAAUACAACAAAAAACCAAUCGCAAUGGAAAGAAAGAUCAAAUUUGCGGAAACAUGAGCUUAAAUAGCGAACGAUUGAAUGCUUAAAUUGACAAGAUCUGUAAAAGAAGAAAUGUGUGACUGAAAAAACUCAUUUUUCGUUUUUUGAUUCGAAACGAAUGAAAUUGAUAAUUACCCAAUGUAUUAUUUAUCCAGAUGGUGAAAAUCAUGAUGCUCGAUGUUUCGCAAAUAAACAUUUUAAUCGUGAACGAGAGAAAUUCGCUUGUACAUCACGAAUGUAUCCGUACACGAGAAAUCUCAGGUAGAAUGCGCAUGGCGAUGAGAAACAUCGGCAAUCGGGAUUGUUCAAAUAAAAAAUUGAAUAUUUAACAAAAUACUUUCAAUAAUCAAACGAUCGUAAACAUGAUUAUUGUAGUUUGCAAAGUGAGCGAGAGAGAAAAUGCAUUGAAGACAAUUAGUUUGAUUAUUUAUGCAAAAUAAUUUGCUGACGUCGAAGAAACCCACCUUUGUGCGUAGAAACUGUGGAUGAUAAUUGAUCAAAAAUGAAAGAACAGUUCGAUCUGUUGAAUGAAACUUAAUUAUUUAAUUAUUUAAUAAAUUGGUAAGACUUUUAAUUUGAUUGUUAUACAAUUUUGAUGGGUGAAGGGGUGCAAUAUUGUCCAGCUAUCAUUCAACGAGAGACCGUACUUCCUAUAUAACGAGCUUCCGGUUGUUCUGCGCAUGUUAACUCUAAUUGGUCCAAACACGCUUCUUCUGCGCAUGCGCGUCGCUGUACUGCGCAGCACACGCCGCGCCGCGAUCUUAUAUUCAGUAUAUUUUUCGAACUUGGGGAGUGUGAUUCUUUUGCUCUGUUUUCAUAUUUUUGUAUAAUUAUAAAGUGUCACAAAGUGUCACCACCUGCUACGACAUUGGAAAUAAGAGUAGAGGGCUUCACUGAAUUACGCAAAACAGGUAGGAUCUCUCGUUGAACGAUUAAUAAGUCUAUUGACGUAUCUGCAAAAAUCUUUUUUCAACAACAUGGCGCUGCCAUAGGUCGGCUCACGUGCGUCUGUUUGUCAUAGCACAUGUCAAACACGUUUAUUUGUUUUACAACAGAUACUGUAACGUUAUUGUUCCAUUAUUGCAACAUUACUGUAACAGAAACAGGAAGUAUUACAUACCAAUGCAGAUACAUAAAACUUUCAUAGACAAUUAUAUGAAUAUAUACCAUAAACAUGGCUUCCUCCUUUGGAGAUGAUUUAAAAAAUAACAUUUAAUAUCCGAAUUGCUCAUAACUUGAAAUUUGCAACUUGACAAAUUGCAGAUACGUCAAUUAGUCUUAAUAGGGCAAAAUAAACGUAGCAAAAUUUUCUCACCUCCCUCUCUGAGGAAGGAACGAGUGUAAAUUUAAGUUUCCAAUAUUUUAUUGCAAACAUAGGAUUGCAUUAACCACGCAAAAUGUGUAUACGUAUCGAACGUUUCGGAAUAAAGGAACUUGAGAUUGUUUCGAACUCUGUUCUGCGCGGUGAGGGAGGUUGUAUGCUUUCGAUGGAUUUUAUUUGUUGAUUAGUUUCGAUUUAGUCCGUUCGAAUGACCAAAGAAUGUUUUUAUCGGCAAAAACAGAGAGAAAGAGAGAAUGACGACGCAGUAUCGUCGACGGGGUUGAACGAGUUUUCUUGUUCAAAUAGAAAAUGGAAGUCGAGCUGGAUUCAUGACAAAAUAAAAUAUUUAUUUCGAGUAAAUAUUAUGUAAAUAAAAAAAACACGAGAGAUGUUUAAAAUAAAGUAAAGGUGAAAUUGACUAACAUUGUUCUUUUCUCUAUUUUUCUUGUGUCACUAAUAUUUUAUUAAACAUUCUAUUUUUAUUUAGAACAUUUAUAAAUAUAAAGUCAUUCCUAUUUUUUCGAACAUAUGCUUCCAUUUCGAUUUCCUUUUCCGAACAAUAAAUCAAAUAAUAUUCUUCUGCAAUUAAAUAAAAUUGCAUUUCUGAUAAUAGACCACCAUUACAACAUUAGCAAGAAUUGACAAUCAAAUCUAGAAAUCUAAUUAUGAAAAAGGAAAUACAAUUACAUUAAAUUUUUCCAUGGUAUCGUUUCGUUUCUUGAAACCAAUUUGCCACAAUAAAACACUAAUAUUAUUAAUAAUGAAGGGUAAUUUAAAGCAAGAUCCAACUCUGUCUCGAUUGACUGCGUCACAUUGACUAACAAAAGAACUCGACACUGUAAAUAAUAUGAUUGUGUCCAUUGUAAAUUUGGAUCACGGUGUAUUGCCAGGCGCAAUUAAUUCAUAAUAUCGAUACACUUACGUAUAAAGGAUUUAAAAGGCAAAAAAAAAUGUCGCCAAGUACAUAAUAUCGACGAUAGCACAUUACCCCGAUGUACGUUGUAUUUGUAAACGCAGGUAUGUACAUUCGAUAAAUACCAAAGUGUACGGAGCUUCAUGUGAAUACGGGAAAUGCACUGAAUUGUAAAUAAUAUCUUCUCCCCCCUACCCCUACCUUCAUUGUCGCUAAUUAGUGGUUCGUUUUAGUAGUGAUUCGUUUAGGUGUUUGUCUAGGAUCGUUCUACCAUCACUCCUCUUGUAAUGUAUGUACAUGUUUCGAAAAAAAAUGGGGAACCACCGUAGACCUAACGUUUUUCGUAAUCCAAUUCGGAUCGUCUUCGGAUUUGUAUGAUAUUUCUAUACCGGCGCACACGUAAUAAACUGUCCAAUUAAA